CUGAGACCGCUCAGAAGAGCGGAUACUGAACCUCCGGUAUGUUGAGUGGAGUCUGCGUGAAGGACUAAGCAGCAGCUCAGGGCUCCACCUGUCUCAUGUCUCCUCACCUCCUCGCCUCAUCCUCAUCCUCAUCCUCAUCAUCACCACCGUCCUGGCUGAUGCUGUGUUUCCUGCUCAGUGUCCUGCUGCUGCUGCUGUCCCCAGGGGUCCAGGGCCAAGGUCGUCUGAAGCUGACGGUCCUGUCUGAGGACAGACUGCAGAUGAAAUGGAAGGAGGCUGAUGGACCCGUGCAGGGCUACAAGGUCCGAGUGAAGCCCAUCUCAGAGGUUCCUCAGCCGGAGCUGAUGCUGACGACCACGCGGGGCAGAGCGACCGUAGCAGGACUGGACUCCAGUCAGGAAUAUGCCCUCCAAGUGCUCGUGCUCAACGGAACCACGGAGAAGCUUCUCGCAAAGAGAAGAUUCACCAUGGACAGUCUACGGGAGGAGGAAAUGAUCCGCAGCGGGAGCCGAGAGCAGCGGAAGAAGACGCUGCUGGGCGGGUCGGGGUCCGGAGACCUGGACGAUGCAACAGAGGCUCUGCUGGGUCUGCCGACAGUUCUCUAUCCCGCCGCCAGCACCGCCAGCACCACCAGCACCACCAGCACCGCCAGCACCGCCCCUCCUACCACUGCAGAGGCGACAGAAUCUCAGUCUGAACUCCCCGACGAGGCCACAGAGAAAACUGGCAAAGAGAAGAGGAAGAGGAAGAAAGAGAAGGAGCGCGAUCGGUCCAAGGUGGAGAACAAGGAGGAGCAAGGGACAACGCAGGGUAAAGCGUCUGAGGACAAACCGCAGAAGACGCCGACCCAGUCGGUCACAGGCCUGUCUCCACGGAAACCGUUUGAGUGCGACAGCGACGCGGCGGCGGAGAUCGUGCUGCUGGUGGACGGCUCGUGGAGCAUCGGACGCACCAACUUCAGGCGCGUCAGAGACUUCCUCGAGGGCCUGGUCACGCCGUUCCACAUCGGACCGAACCACGUCCAGAUCGGUCUGACUCAGUACAGCGGAGACCCUCGCACCGAGUGGCAUCUCAACAACUUCACCACGAAAGACCAGCUGCUGGAGGCGGUGAGGAACUUUAGAUACAAGGGAGGAAACACGUUCACAGGCCAGGCGCUGCUCCACGUCAUGGAGGACAACAUGAGGGAAGAGGCCGGAGCCAGGACCGACACGCCGCUCUUCCUGGUCCUGUUGACCGAUGGGAAGUCUCAGGAUGACGCCAUCGCCGCGGCGACCAAGCUAAAGAACGCCGGCGUGGAGAUCGUCGCUGUAGGUGUGAAAAACGCUGAUGAAGCCGAGUUGAGGCAGGUGGCGUCGGAGCCGGUGGACGCCAACGUCUACAACGUCAACGACUUCCCUCUGCUCAGUAAACUGGUGACGCGACUGGUCCACAUCCUGUGUCGGAGGAUCGAGGACCGAGGCAUCACAAAACGAAUGGAACCUGACCCCACAGUGGACCCAGUCCUCACCUACCCUAGUCCAAGUGACCUGCGCUUCUCUGAACUGGGCUCCAGAGAAGUGAAGCUCCACUGGACCAAUCCUGCCAAAGCAGUGCAGCAGUACAGAGUGGUUUACCACAGCGCAGAGGGCCAGAGACCGCAAGAGGUGGUGUUGUCCGGCUCAGAGUCCGCCGUGCAGCUGGAAGGCCUCUCCUCUCAGACUCUGUACCAUGUUUCCAUCUUCCCUGUGUAUGAAAAGGGCGUGGGCGUGGCUCUCAGAGGAACCGUGACCACGCUGGCCCUCGCGAUGCCUGCCGACCUGGAGGUGACGCCCUCCUCUUUCAGCACGCUGCGGGUGAGCUGGGGCCAAGCGCCCGGUGCCACGCAGUACAUGAUCCUGUACUCGGCGCUCAGCCACGGAGAACCUGACGACGCCAAGGAGGAGAAAUACAGUGCAGAGCAGACCGUGGUGGAGCUGGCGGAGCUACAUCCAGAGACGGACUACUCUGUCACGCUGUACGCUCUCUAUGACGAGGAUCCGAGUGACCCCGUCACUGCUGUCGCCACCACGCUCCCUCUCCCAGCACCGGUGAGUAUUCACUUUCCACUGGUCACCCACAGUAUGAUGAGGGUGAGCUGGGUUCCUGGAGCCGCGGACGUCCCCAGCCACAGAAUCAUCUACAGCACCAACCACGGCAGUGACGUCAAACAGCUGGAGGUGACAGGACUGACCACGGUGCUGGUGCAUGACCUGUCCUCCUUGUCCAGAUACCUGGUCUCGGUGCAGUCUCUCUACCCACAAGGCUUUUCUGCAGCGCUCACCAGUAACGUCACCACGCUGAAGGUGCCCUCGCCGUCAGACCUGAGGGUGACCAACUUCUCUGCCAGUGACAUCACCGUGCGCUGGGAGGCAGCAGCUGACGACGUCGUGUCCUACCUCAUCAAGUGGAUCUCACUCAGUGGAGGCGACCUGCGACAGCUGAGGGUCAGUGGUGAGAGUGAAGGAGCGAUCCUGGAGGGAGUGGAGGACGAUAAAGAAUAUCAGAUCUCUCUGUCUGCGCUCUAUGGAGACGGAGCUCAGAGUGAGGCUGUGGCCAUACGCUACAGCACCAUGUCUGGUGGAGGCCCGUCCAGCGUGUCCGUCUCUGAGGAGACCGCGGUCAGCCUGGUGGUCAGCUGGGUUCCUCCCAACGCUCACGUCCUCCAGUAUCGUGUGACGUACACCGCACUGACUGGAGCUGAAAGUCAGGACAUCACUGUGUUGGUGCCAGGAGGUGAUAAGCGGGUGGCGCUGGAGUCUCUGCAGCCAGAUACGCGUUACAGUGUCCUGGUCACCGCUGAGUACCGCAACAGAGAAGGAGGCAGCGCUUCAGCUCAGGGCAAAACCACCAGUCUGCGGGUCAGCAGCGUGAGUGUGGUCCGCUCUGACCACUCCAGCAUCUGUGCGUCUUGGAGACCGGUGUCCGCCGUCAACGGCUAUCGUCUCAUCAUCCAGUCUCUCAAAGACAAGACAACAAAGGAGGAGAGUGUAGACGAGUCCAGCAGCAGCCACUGUUUCACUGAACUGGAGCCGGAGACUCUGUAUCGCAUCAGCGUGCAUUCUCUCCUCGGCUCAGUAGAGGGCACUGCUGUGUCCAUCCUCCAUCCAACAGCUUCAGCUCCAGCCAGAAUUCCCAUCCAUCCCCGACUGUAUCCUAUCCACAAUGAAGUGUGUCCUGAAGUCACCAUCAGAAACAGCCUUGUUAAAGGUUUCGACAUGAUGGAGGCGUUUGGUUUGACUCGGAGCGCUCACGCGUCGGUGGAGGGCGUGGCGGCGGAGACGUUUGUCUUCAGCGCGCUCCCCACGUACACGCUGUACAGAGACGUGCAGCUCACACAGAGCACCAAGUUCAUCCACCCUGCAGGAUUCUCUCCAGAACACACCAUCAGCAUCGCCUUCCGCGUGUUACAGGAAACGCCCAGAGAGCCUUUCGCCCUCUGGCAGCUCACUGACAACGACUUCCAGCCAAAGAUGGGAGUGAUUCUCGACCCUUCCACAAAGCACCUGGUCUACUUCAGUCUGGACUACAGGGGAGAGGUGCAGGAACUGACCUUUGACCAGCCACAGGUCCACAAACUGUUCUAUGGCAGCUUUCACAAGGUUCACUUGUCUGUCAGUCAGGUGAGUGUCUCUCUGUCCGUGGACUGCCAGCGUGUGGGUGAAAGACCUGCUCGUCCUCUGGGUAACCUGCCCACGGAUGGUUUUGAGAUGCUGGGAAAACUGGUGAAGACCAGAGGACCCAGCAGUGGAUCUGCUCCGUUCCAGCUGCAGUCGUUUGAGAUCGUCUGCAACACGACAUGGUUCUUAGAGGACACCUGCUGUGACCUGCCUGGACUGGGUUUCCAAGGAAUGCCAGGAUAUCCGGGGACUGGGGGGGACAGGGGUCCUCCAGGACCGGUCGGACCUACGGGUUUGUCGGGGAAUAAAGGAGAACGAGGAGAGAAGGGAGAACCUCAGUCCAUGGCCAUGAUCUACCAGCUGGUCACACAGGCCUGUGAGCAGCUAGUACACAAGGAGGUGUUGAAGCUCGACACCUUCAUCAACGAGAUCAGUCGUAAGCCGGCUCCCAUUGAGGAGCCCGUGGGGCCCCCAGGGGAGCCUGGUAUCCCGGGGCCCAAGGGUCCACCAGGUGCCAGGGGGGGCCAAGGGAGUGUUGGCCGGAGGGGGAGACCUGGCAGACCUGGAUAUCCAGGAGAACAAGGACAGAGAGGUGUCCUCGGGGAUAAAGGUGAAGCAGGCACGAAUGUACACGGGCCCACAGGAGUCAAAGGAUUUGCAGGUCCUUCAGGUGAGUCCAAGCUGGGAGACCCAGGUCCCAAAGGAGAAGAUGGUCAACCAGGACCUGCAGGACCUUCUGGACCUUCUGGACAGCCGGGCGAGGUUGGACCACCGGGUGCGUGUGACAGCAGUGGAGGCUGCCAAAGUGUUCCCCAGGAACCAGAAGACCCGUAUUAUGGCUACCAGCCCUGAGAGCAUGUGAAGAAGAAACACACACAGUGUGACUGACGUCUGCUCCUCUGGAGCUGAAAUGACAAAAACUGGGAGCGGAGCUUUACACAAAAAACCCUGAAGACUGAAGACGAUCAACGCUCCCCAUCAACAACGAGUAGUCAGCUCUCUAAUAAUAAUAAUAAUAAUAAUAAUAAUAAUAAUAGAACAGUAUUUCUAAGAACACAAAGCAUCAUAAAAGGAACAUAUUUUCUCACUGGGAUCAGUAAACAUUAUUUUAUUUGUUACCGUGUUUAUGCACUGCCUUGUCCUCUGCCUUGUCCUCUGCCUUGUCCUCUGCCUUGUCCUCUGCCUUGUCCUCGUGUGUUUCAUUUCUAUCUGGUUUAUUCUAACCUUAUCUGCCUCAUAAUGAAAACACACACACACACACACAUACUCCAUGGUGUGAAAGAAAGGAAAGCUCUUUUGUCCCAUGGUGGACAUGAUACUGUGAGAAUGUCUGGUGUAUGAUAGUUUGUAUAUUUUUAAUGUUUAUUAUGUUAUUUUUACUGUACGCACGUA